AUGGAAAAGUCGUCUAAAAAGGGCCCAAUUGUAGCCACGCCGGCCACGGAGACCCAGGAGCCGAAACACAACCCGUUCGUGAUCAGCGACACGGACCUGGUGGCCACCCGAUCGCCCUCAGUAGCGGCCCACUCACUGUGUGGCUCCAACAACAUUGCUGCAGGAGAGGGAUUCAGUGGACACCCUAUUUUGGAGGAGGAUGACGACGAAGAGCUGGUGGAUCAACCAAGAGGCCGAUCGACAGGCGUCCAGACCCAUGUUCCGGGCGGACCUGCUCCCAGAAUUUCGAUUGCAGACGCCGACGGAUCCCCCAGACCCGCAGAAACGGCAGAGAACCACCCCCAUCACCAUCUAGGCAUGUCCGAACGACUUUCUGGUAUCUUCCAUAGAAAGUCGGUCGAUGGAAGACCCCAUUCGGGCUUGUUUAACGUGCCCAAGAAAAGCAUGGACUCGGAGUACGACUCUGAGCCGGGAAAUGACAUGGCUCCCGUCAUGCAGAGUAUUGUGGUGGACACGGGAAUCAUGCCAGGCAUUGGACAGGGAUUGAAGGCGCAGAGCUCGAAUCCGCAGAGAUAG